AUGAACCAUCUCCUAGUCGUACAUGGCCUCUUAUCUUUACUAUUAUAUGUUGAAUCGUGCCCUGAAGCCGUUGUUUCUCUAUGCAAAUGCGAGGAUCUGUACAAUGGUGUACAACUUGAUUGUUCUCACUCUGACGGCAACAAGGUUAUACAAGUGUUACGGGACAAUCAAGCAUUACUCGGUCUUGUACAAUCACUGACUAUGCACAACGCCGGUUUGCGCCAUAUUCACUCAAGAUUUCUUGAUGGCCUUUAUAUCAAGCGGCUAGAUCUCUCGUAUAACCAGAUGGUAGGAAUUGACGGCCAUGCAUUUACUGGGAUGAGCCCAAUAGUGCAGGAGUUAAUACUUGCCCACAAUAACCUCAGCAAGAUACCAGCUGUCGCCAUCACCCCUCUUAGCACGAUUCUCCGUUUAGAUCUCUCGAAUAACUCAAUAGGUGACAUCUCUCACGAGGACGCAUUUCCCUCUCUUCCGAAGCUCUAUGACAUCAAUCUGGGAUCAAAUAACAUUUGCUCGAUCCAUUCAACAGCUUUUGGAAACGUGAAGGAUUCUAUUCGUAUUAUUAAUCUCGGCCAUAAUUGUUUACGCUCAGUGCCAUCUUCCUCAAUUCGUGGGCUCAAGCAACUACAAGCUUUACAUAUGCAGAAGAACAAAAUAGCCGUCUUAGAAGCACUGAGCUUUCUAAAUCUACCUGUAUUAAAUUUGCUCAAUCUAGCAGGGAACAAAAUAUCAGAAAUUAAUCGGCAAGCAUUUUUAAAUGUUCCUCAGCUGAAGUAUCUCUACUUGACGAACAACCAAAUCACGCAUCUCACUCCACAUCAGUUUGCCUCUUUCAAUCAGAUAGAAAUGAUAGAUCUAACCGGCAACAACAUCACUGAAAUCCCCGACGAAUGCAUGGCUCGUCUACAACAGCUGAGACAAUUAUUCCUCGGUGGAAAUCAUAUUCAUACCAUCGGGAAAAAUGCGUUCGCCAACAGCUCUAUUGUCAUCUUGAGUUUAAUCAACAACGAACUCACAGAAAUUAGUGAAGGAAUGCUGGAUGGUAUGCCGAGGCUACAAAGUGUCGUCUUCAAAGGCAACAAGAUCAAAUUUGUGCACCACAACGCAUUCUACAAUACUCCGUCAGUGAUCAAGAUCGACUUGAGCGAUAACGAAAUUGUCGAUCUAUCACCAUCAACAUUUCUUGCGCAGUUGAACUUACAAAUGAUCGACCUACGGAAUAACAAACUUCCUCGAACACCUUAUGCUGCUUUGAAUCAUCGAGUUGGAACGGUGUUUCUGCAAGAGAAUCCACUGGUCUGUACAGAGAAGAUCCAUAUGCUGCAAGAUGGCUUGGCCGUAUUCGUUGCGGAUAGCGAAGAUGUGAUUUGUGGUGGACGAUCAACAACGGCCCCAACGUCAUCUUCUGAUUCAAUAUCGACCCAUCCUCCUAAACGUCUUAACAUAAGACCAUCUGGUGCGUUCCAACAGGGCAGUCUUCUUCUCCAAGAGCGACAACAACCACAUGAA